CGCUUAACUCCCUCUCACCCAUCUUGCGAGCCUCGAAUCUGUCGACAGAUUUCGUCAAGCAUCUCCAUCCUCGCAAGACCGACCACAUCCUCAUCCGAGAUAAUCAGUCAAGAUGGUUCUCGCCGUUGACCUUCUCAACCCUUCGCCGGCCGCCGAGGCCAAGAAGCACAAGCUCAAGACCCUUGUCCCGGCCCCCCGAUCCUUCUUCAUGGACGUCAAGUGCCCCGGCUGCUUCACCAUCACCACCGUCUUCUCGCACGCCCAGACCGUCGUCAUCUGCCAGGGCUGCACCACCGUCCUUUGCCAGCCCACCGGUGGCAAGGCCAGAUUAACCGAGGGCUGCUCUUUCCGAAGAAAGUAAACUGCUCGCCCCCGUGGGUGGGUGGUUUCUUUCCUUGGGUAUCAUGACUCUUACGGUUCAAAUUUGUGGUGGUCAUCGGCAUCUGCAAAACAACAACUCCUCCUCGACAUGGGCGCAUAGACAACCCUCACCUUGCGACAUAAUCCGACAUCUUUGCAGAUAGAAGAUGGAACACCCAAGAGCUGGGGCGUUUGGGGUCUCCGGAUAUCUUGCAUGGCACAUCUUUUACCUCCUUUUUUCCGUUACGCGCGCCUUUGUACCAAAGAGUCGUCUCUUGAGGCAGGAACACAAAAGCACUGCAUGGGGUGGACAGCCGGAGAAGGGCUUUCACGAGUGUCCGCGGUGGCCUGAGCGGGGUCCGCUGGGAUGCGAGGACGUGGAACCGCUGAUUUGAUGAUCGCUUCUCAUACCUGGGUGCAGUGGUAGUGGAGGACGACACUGUGCUUGCGAAAUUCAAUGGUUUCCACGAAUCUUUGUCGGCGUGA